AUGGUGAAGGAAGACAAUUCAGACGAUGAAUUCCUAGCCGCCCGUCUCCUAUUUUUUACAACGUACGGUUCUAAUUUGGAUUUUAAUAAGCUAUUUGACGAGCACGCCUUGGGAGAAAGCAUGAACAAUCACAUAUAUCGGCAUUCAAAACAAUUUUCUAAAGGCAAAAAGAAGGAACUGACGCAGAUUGAUGAGCUCGGUCUAUCAGAAACUCUCAAGCUGAUGUAUAACGUGACUAGCUAUUACCCUGACCAGGUCGAUGCAUUUUCUCCUUCGAUUCCCCAUAUAUUGAAGAUUUUAAACCACAUUGAGAUACCCACGCCACCGCUCCAGGCACCUGUGAACUAUUUAAUCAACGCUUUACUUAAUCUCGACCUUGAGGCCAAGAAAACGAACCAUUUCAGCACGAAUCCUCUCUUUCCGAAGUUUGAUCAAAACUGCAACGUUGAUAAGUUGAUUAAUAUCUUGGACCAAGCCGUUGCGGUGCAUAAACCUUCCCACUUGGAUACGUUGGCGCUACCCCUUCUCACCCUCCUAAGGAAAAUCUACGAUAUCGCACCUGAAGGGUCCCGGAAGUAUAUGGAAUGGCUUCUUCUUCCAGACGACAGCGAGAGAGACCUACCAAUUGGACAGUCGAAUACACUGUCUUCGAGACUUCUGCGUCUUUCGACAUCCCCUGUUGCUCCUCAUCUAAGAGAAGGCAUAUCAGCGCUGAUGUUUGAACUAUCUGGCCGUAACGCCAGUGAUUUUGUGAGGAAUGUUGGUUAUGGGUUUGCCGCGGGAUUUCUUAUGUCCCACAAUAUGUCUAUCCCCGAAACUGCAAAGGAGGCAUUCAGCACGAGACCCACGAAGCCAGGCGAGCAAACCGUCCCGAUAAACCCGAUCACUGGCCAAAGGCUUGAUGCUGAGCCCCAGGAUACCGGACCUCCAAUGACAAUGGAAGAAAAGGAAAGAGAGGCAGAAAGGCUCUUCGUCCUUUUUGAAAGGCUUCGAGCAACGGGCGUUGUUAACGUCGAAAACCCUGUCAAAACUGCACUUAGCGAGGGCCGCUUUGAAGAGCUGGACGAUCUUGAUUAACGCUCGAUGCAACCUAUUAUCUCAUUUAUUAUCUCUGCCAAUCGGCUACGAGCGCCUCUAACGCUUCCUGUUUUUGUUUGAAUUUUGACAAAUGUACGGAGUAUGAUACUGGGAGGAAAUGUUGGCUUGGAAAGCAAGGUUUUUCCAAUCUAUUAAUUCUAAUUUCAAUGCAAAUAUGGAAUGCUCCGUAAGGGGCACUAACUAAAGAA